AUGGAUAAAGAUGGUAGGGGUGAAGAGAAUGUUGGUUUGAGAAAAGGGGUGGAAUUGGUAAGAGACGUUUCUGCUAAGCAUUUUGAUCUUUUAAGACCCUUUGCUCGGAGUAAUUCAAAAGGACAAGCAGUGGAUGCAAUGGUUCAUGGAAAGGGAAAGUAUGGCUUAAUUAGAGAUCCAGAGGACUUCCAGGCAGGAAUUUAUGAUAAGCCCCUCCCAUGUUUUGGAUGCGGAAUUGGAUGGUUCUCAUUUCUUUUUGGAUUUCUUUGCCCUCCUAUGUGGUUCUAUGCAACAAUUCUUUAUUUUGGCAAUUAUUAUCGGAAGGACCCUAGGGAACGGGCCGGGCUAGGAGCCUCUGCAAUUGCUGCAUUGGUGUGCUCUGUAGGGGUGCUGAUAAUUGCAGCAAUCCUUCUGUUAAAAAAAUCGCCGUCUCUCUAUUUAUAA